AUGACUUCUCGAUCCAGCCUUCUUGCACUUGGCCUGACAGCCACCGGCGCCCUCGUCAGUGCAGGUCCUUGUGACAUUUACGCCAGUGGCAACACACCAUGUAUUGCAGCGCACAGCACUACGCGUGCUUUGUAUAAUGCCUACAGCGGUUCGCUGUACCAAGUCUCGCGUGGAUCCGACGGCGCAACAACCGACAUUGAGCCUCUGUCAGCAGGCGGCGUUGCCAACGCAGCUGCCCAGGACAAGUUCUGCGCCUCAACAACAUGUCUGAUUACUAUCAUCUAUGACCAGUCUGGCCGAGGAAACCAUCUCACGCAAGCACCGCCAGGAGGCUUCAAUGGGCCGGAAGCCAAUGGGUACGACAACUUGGCCAGUGCAACGGGAGCGCCCGUUACUCUCAACGGGCAGAAGGCAUAUGGUGUUUUCAUCUCGCCCGGGACGGGAUACCGCAACAACCAAGUAAGCGGCUCGGCGACGGGCGACCAGGCAGAGGGCAUGUACGCCAUCCUCGAUGGAACUCACUACAACGAUGGCUGCUGCUUUGACUACGGCAACGCCGAGACCAACAGCCACGACACUGGCAACGGGCACAUGGAAGCCAUUUACUUUGGUAACAACAAGGUAUGGGGCUCGGGAUCGGGCAACGGCCCAUGGAUCAUGGCGGAUCUGGAAAACGGGCUCUUCUCAGGAGCCAACCCCAAGAACAACCCGGCCGAUGCCACCGUCUCGUCGCGCUUCCUGAACGCCAUGAUCAAGGGCGGUCCGAACCAGUGGGCUAUCCGCGGCGGCGAUGCCCGCUCGGGCAGUCUAUCCACGUUUUACAGUGGCGCGCGGCCCGACGCAAGUGGCUACAACCCCAUGCACAAGGAGGGCGCCAUCAUCCUCGGUAUCGGCGGCGACAACAGCGUCGGCGCCCAGGGCACCUUUUACGAGGGCUGCAUGACAAGCGGGUACCCCAGCGAUGGCACGGAAAACGCCGUCCAAGCCAACGUGGUGGCGGCCAAGUAUGCCGCUGGGGCCAUGACGAGCGGGCCAGCCCUGACGGUGGGAUCGAGUGUUUCGCUGAAAGCAACAACACCAGGGUACACGGAUCGGUCUCUUGCGCACACGGGCUCGACGGUGAACACGCAGGUUGUCUCGUCGAGCAGCACCACGCUGCUCAAGCGCCAGGCUACGUGGGUGGUGCGCGCUGGUCUGGCCAACAGCGCUUGUGUUUCGUUCGAGUCCAAAGACACCGCCGGCAGCUUCAUCCGCCACUACAACUUUGCGCUGCUGAUGCAAGCAAACGACGGGUCCAAGGCCUUCAGCGAGGACGCCACCUUCUGCCCUCAAGCCGGUUUCACGGGCCAGGGUAAUUCGAUCCGCGCCUGGGGCUACCCGACCCGCUUCAUUCGCCAUUACAACAACGUAGGCUACGUGGCAAGUAACGGCGGCGUGCAGACGUUCGAUGCGGCAAAGUCGUUUACUGAUGAUGCGACAUGGAUUGUGGGUGCCGGAUAUGCUUGA